AGCUGACAACUGGGAAAAGCCAUGUCUGAGCUUUUGGUAUUCAAUUGCUGCAUUGUGGCCAAUAUCGUUCUAUGCAUAAAGUCUGGAUUUCACCCAAGGAAUUAAGGGAGGGGAGCUUUCUUGCUGUAAAUGUAGAAAGAACGCAAAACCUGCACAGCAGCAAAUACUCCAAGCAGGUACUGGGCCAUCGAUCAUACUUGAAUAUGGAACUGUCCAAUUCUGUGAUUACAUAAACAAGUGUGGUGCUUUAUUACAGAAUACCAAAAGACUUUGGGUUAUUGUAACACGGCUCCCUCUGAGUUGCUUUCUGAUCUUCCAACUACAGCCUUUCUGAAUGAGGCAUAGGUAAUGAGGCAUUUGUGGAAGUGUACAGGACACCCUUCAGAAUUAUAAUUCUGGCUUCAUCCCUAAAAGGCUCUUUUGAAGACUUGGGAAGAAGAAGAAAAUCCUUGCAGAUGGACUCCUGUUCAUAUUUGUUGCUUUAAGGAGAGCGUUCGCAGGGGUGUUUAAAUGAAAUAGAUCAUACCUUUAAUUACAUCAAAGCUGAGCUGACUCUGCCCCCCAAUUUUCAGUUUAAUUGCUGUGGCUCAAAAAGGUGUUGAAAAUCGGUAGCGGAGUUACUGAAACCUACUUGGUGGUGGCUUUAAAAGGAGGGCAGAAUGUUACUCCUUCAGAUAUCACCUUUUCUCUCUAUUAAAAUGUUAUUUAGGUUGUGCACCAGGCUGCAUCUCUUGGGAUUCUUGGGAGCUCUCUGUGCAGGGAGUAGAAGAGUAGAAUGACAAGAGGAGAAGGGAAUGAGAUGGGCUCUUUUGAGACCUGCACUUUGGUGUGUGUGUGUGUGUGUGUGUGUGUGUGUGUAUUAAAUGCACAAGGGAGCUUGAGAGUAGUAGAGCCUCAGGUGAGGUUAGUGCCUGUCUUCUAGUAAUUUUCUGUCCACUACACCCAGCACUGAAACAAUGAGUGUGCCUUCUAUAAGGCUAGCAGAAGGAAACUCUCCAUGACAAUCUGGCUUGGAAGACUGCAUUGCUGGUCCAAUUUUUCUUGCAGUGGCAGUCAUUCUGCACAGCUGCAACUUCUGGAGCAUAUUCAAGGGUAACCCUGCAUAGAGAGCAUUGCAGUCAUCUAACUGAGAGGUGACUAAAGAUUGAGGGGUCACUAGCUAAGCUUUUCUUGGUCCAGAAACGGCCAUAGCUGGCAAACCAACCAGAGAUAGUGCUCCUGAAGCCAUUAGCAGUGGUGGACGUUGGGCUCUCAAAAUCUGCCUCUUGUAGCAUUAUUGUGGAGGCCCCUGCAGCAUGGUGCCCACUUCUGCUGUACCAGAUGUUCCACCCUAAUGCCACCUCUGCCACCAGGCUUCUAGAGAUAAUGACGUCUCCAGUAGCAUCCCCCAAAGCUAUGAACCUGCUUCUUCGGGGGGAGUGCAACACCACCCAGAACAGGCUGCCUACCAAACUCCUGGCUCCACAAACUGUACUUUGAUCUUAUCAGGAUUCACCUUCAGUUUAUUGGCCCUAAUGCAGCUCAUUGUUGCUUCCAGGUAUCUAUCCAGCACCUAAAUGGCUUCUCCUGAUUCAGAUGGAAUGGGAAUGGAGUCGCAUGCUAUCUGCAUACUAAUGGCAUCAUACUCUAUAUGUCUAGGUGAUGGCUUCCAAUAGCUUCAUAUGGAUGUUAAAGAGCAUCGGGGACAAGACAGUAUCUUGUAGAACCCAACAGCAUAAGUGUCAACAGGUAAAGCAGGAGUCUCCAUCUGCUAGUCUCUGGGAUCAGUUCUUUGCAGAACUAUUGUAAUACAGUGCCUCUAACUCCCAAGCCAUAAAAAACCAAUGCAGGAGAAUACCAUGGUCAAUGGUACUGAAAGAUAUUGAGAAAUGAAGGAGAACCAAUAUAGUGUUAUAUAUUGGAGUGCCCCAUGCCCAUCUCCAAAUAGGAGUAAUCAGUCAGGGUGACCAAGGCCAUUUUGGUGCCAAAUCUGAGCCUAAAGCCAGAUUGCAAUCUGAUUAUUCUGUUGGGCAAGCUGAAAUGGCAGAGUGCGGCACUGAAUUCCUCCCACAAUUCUAACAUCAUGAACCUGUUAGGCCAACUGUCAAGAGCAUUAUGCCUUAAUCCAAACUAUGUUAGUUGCAUUCCCGUUGAUUUCAAUGGAAACUUAAAUCACAAUGAAGUUCAGUCAUUGAUUUCAAUAGGAUCCAAGGUCAACCACCAAUGGGCUAUAAUCUGAACCUCUGGCCAGCAAUGGUAGGACUUGAUGGAACCGUUUCAGGGGUACCCAGAAUAAAAGUAGGGGCAUCAGGAUGCUGGAAGGAAAGAUCAGUGCUGUAGAGUAGAUGAGAGCUUCUUGCUGUGCAACAUGUACUAAAUUUGGUACUGCUUGGAGCAUCUAUUGGCCCAGUGGUCUGUCUGAUGGCACCCGAUAUUUUUGAGUGCCUCAGUCCAGGGAAUGCUCGAGUGGAAGAAUAUUAGGCUGGCCAUGUAAAAAAGAGGAAAUGUCUCACCAAGAUAACAAAAGAGGGUAUGGAUUUGCAUAUGCUAAUUUAUACACAUAGAUGUUAAUUUGGAGAUAGCUUUAAAAUAGUAUAAUGUAAACGGAAAUACACUACCUUUCACUGUAGUGGAGCAGAGUCUGCUGUCUAGAUACUAAUUAUGGAUGGGCAACUUCAAGGCCGCUCUUGCUUCCCUUCCUUAAGGUUUGUUCUCCUUGAAUUGGCUGGAUAGCUCAGCUGGUUAGAGCAAGGUGCUGAUGAUGCCUAGGUUGCAGGUUCAAUCCCAUAUGGGACAACUGCAUAUUCCUGCUUUGCAGCGGAUUGGACUAGAUGAUCCUCAGGGUCCCUUCCAAGUCUACAAUCCUAUGAUUCUAUGACUGGACAGCUCUUCAAACAGAGAAAUAUCCUCUGUCCAAAAGGGCACAUGGUCACCUUGAUGAGUGGGCAGGAGAAACACACAGACUGGGGUCUGUGUGUGUGUGUGUGUGUUUAAAGCCAAUUGUAGGAACAGAAAGCAAAGAAAAAGGUAGCACACACAGUUUAGAGGUGUGUAUUGUUCCUUUGGCCCUAUUUCCACCAAGCACCUCUCGAUCCAGGCUGUGCUUGAUCUCAGAUUCUCCUCCUUGCCGAGUAGAAUAAUUAAAGCAAACACAAUCCAUCACUUCUUUGACUAAAUAUAUUUUCAUUUGGUUUGCACGUGAAUGUGUAUAUAUCACUCAGCGCAUAUAUAUUUAGAAUAUGUGAUACGACAUUAUGGCAACCGAUAAAUCCUGCAUGCUUACUAUAUCUGCAUUAUUUGCUGCAACAUUAAGCUCAGUAAGAAUUUUUAUAUGUAUCUUGUUCCAGAGCGAAAUAUAUUGAAGAAUUGAUGCUCGGUUAUAAACAAACACAUAACUUUCCUGCACAACGUAGUGAAGGUGGCAGCUUGUAGCUUGUGUGGAGAUGAUUUUUUGUAAACAAUUGUAAGCUUUCACGGGGGGUAAAUAAUUUCUAAUGUUGUUUUUUUAAAAGGAUCCCUUUUAGAAUGAUAAGGAGUGUGAACUGAAUGAAUGGAUCUCUCUCUCUCUCUCUCUCUCUUCCCCUCUCAUCCUAAGCUGCGAUCACACAGCCUCUUACUUGGGAGAACUUGCUUCUAAGUAAACAUGCCUAAGAUCAGGCUGUUAAUGGUUUAAUAGCAUAUAUAUAUAUAUAUCCACACACACACACACACACACACACACACACACACACACACACACCUUGCGCUGUGAAUUCAGAGGAAAGGCAUCCCAGCUUCAUUCCAUUUAAGUGGCUUUUGUGGAUUAUCUUAUUUCAUUACUUUCAAUAAAGCCAUGCCUAGGCUGCUAGUUCAGUAUGCUGAUGUGGUUCAUAGCAGAAGCUCAAGAUGUGCUCUUAAAUACUCUAAGCUUAUGCAAGGCCUUGACAUUAGUAGGUUUUAGACAUCAGCAGAGUUGGCAGUUCUGAAGAACUGAUAUGAUACCGACGCUUUACAGGUAAAAGCGAGCAGAUCCGGUGUGAAAUUGAGAUAGCAGGACCAAGACUGGUAUACAACUUUUUUUCUUUUUUAUUGAUGAAGUUUGGGGAAAAGAUAUUUUAGGCCAGAUGUAUUAAUCCUGUAAUGACUUGAAAUAUAAUCAGUCAGCUACUGCAGGGGGAUAUGAAGAGGGAGGUGGGGAGGUACAGAUUUCAGGUUUUGACUGUUCAAGCUUUCCCAGUUCAUUAAAAAGUGAAUCAAUCAGGCAGGCAUACACAGACUUGAUAUCCAAAGGGCUGGAAAUUCUAAAUAGGAUUCAGACAUUAUUUAAAAGUUGCAGAUGGUCCUUUUUCCACGGCGAGGGUGGUACAACUCGACAACCGUCGAUUCCUCCGGGUGAUUGUUUUUCACCUUUUUAGAGCUAGUAAAAUGUGUUAUAAAUAUGAAAGGAGAGAGAGAUUUGGCUGGAUAUGGAGAAUUUAAAAGCUUUGCUGUGGGCCAUCGAAAGGUGCUAUGUAAUAUAUGUCUAAACAAAAUGCACAGCCACAAAAGUUUUGUUUUAUGUUUUCUAGAAUGUAGAUUUUAAUUUUUUUUUCCAGCAGGCAGAAAGGCAGAAGGCUCUUGCCUACAGGACCUCGUUCCCCCCCAUCAUCUCUCUCCUCCCUUUUUGCAGGCAGCUGGCAAUGGUAAUUAACUCAUUACUAUUAAUUUUUGCCAACUCUUGUUGGAGAAGCGAUGUUAUUUUUCAACUUUAUUUACAAAAUGGAAAUCUCCCGUAUUGGGGCUUGGCAAGUUCCGCGCGCCUCUCGCGAAAGGAAUGCAUGAAAAGGGGCAGAAACCCAGGCCCCCAAAAAAAACAAUUCUUGCACAGUGACAUGAUUGGCGAGGGACAGGUGGCGGUGACUGCACCCUCCAGUCCGUAGUGGGACUGCUGGAGAAGAGGGGUGGCUCUAGACCUCAAAGGGCAAAGGCAUACAAGGAACAUAGCAGGGAUUCGGUAUCUCCCACUGUCCUAUCUACUUUGGUCCUUACCUGUGACAACGUUAACCCUGCACCAGCCCUUCCAUCAUGAUGAUGGUGGCUGAGAGUUCCUUCUUGCAUUGGUCUGCAUUGGAGAUCCUGUAACUGAACUACACAUUGCAAUGCAAUUCGUCAACAUGAUAGAGGCCCCAUGGCUCUGCCAUGCAUCCAUGGUAAAGGCAACCUGUAGCUUUGUACCUGAGUAGGUGCAAAUUAAAUCCAAUGGCGUCAUACUCGGAGCCGGCUAACCGAAAUCAGAUUGCUGUUUUCAUAGUAUUGUUAGAAUUCAUAGUAUUAUUUGCAUUAUUUUAUUUAUUUAGGUUUGGGCUCUGCCCUGAUCAUGUGUACUCUGAUUAAUAAACUGUUAAAUAAUAAUAAUAAUAAUAAUAAUAAUAAUAAUAAUAAUAAUUUAUACCCCGCCCAUCUGGCUGGGUUUCCCCAGCCACUCUGGGCGGCUUCCAACAAAUAUUAAAAAUACAAUAAAGCAUCAAACAUGAAAGAUUUCCCAAUACAGGGCUGCCUUCAGAUGUCUUCUAAAAGUCAGACAGUUGUUUAUUUACUGCAGAGAAGGCCCUCUGCCAAUAUAAAAAUAAAAGCCAAUAUAAAAAUAUAAGCUAAAAAAUAAAUAAAUCAAAAAUUAGAUCAGUCUGACCCAGCCUGUUAAUAGGGAGGCCAGUUCAUAGCCACCAGAAUACACUUGCUUCUGAAAAACACAAGUUAAAAAUAUAUAUUGCUAAACUUAAAAAAAGAAAACAAAACUUAUGUAAGAAUACCAAAUGUUGACCUAGAGUAAAAUAUUGCAUGUGGAAGAAACCUAGCCUUAUGUGCUGGUGAAAUGCAAGUGGAAGGAAUUUCCAGAGUUGUGGAAUAACCAGUGAGGUUGCAUCUCUAUGUGCUCUGGAUGUGGCAUGUAUGAUAGGCUGCUCUUAACUGAUUUUAGAAAUCCACAAUGGGCAGGGGGGAGAGGUGUUCUGUACAGUAAGGUUUGUAUUGUCUAGGAUUAAAUAUGGCGGCUGCUCAACAGGAAAAGAAACUGCUUCGGAGAUUCAUGGAAUAAAAUGAAUGGAAGAGGCUCCAUCUAGCCAUAAUGGCACAUGAGCUCUCUGAACAUGUAACACCCCCCCCCCCGACAGGUGAGCCCAUGCCAUGCAGAUCAUAAAGUGCCAUAUUGUGGAUUGUGGAGUGCUUUCCCUAGAAAGGCUUGCCUGGUGCCAUCAUUACUGGGCAAAAACAUUCCUCUUUAUGUCUAUUAAAUAAUCGAUGGCCUGUGAAAGUGUGGGGGAAUAAAAUAGGAUGACUAUUUUAUUAUUAGGCUAUCUGUCAGUAUGCUUCUAGGGACGCAGGUGGCUCUGUGGUUUAGGUUUAGGACUUGCCGAUCAGAAGGUCAGUGGUUCAAAUCCCUGGGACGGGGUGAGCUCCCGUUGCUCGGUCCCUGCUCCUACCAACCUAGCAGUUCAAAAGCACUUCGAAGUGCAAGUAAAUAGGUACCACCCUGGCAGGAAGGUAAAUGGCAUUUCCGUGCACUGCUCUGGUUUCGCCAGAAGUGGCUUAGUCAUGCUGGCCACAUGUCCCGGAAGCUGUACACCUGCUCCCUCCGCCAGUAAAGCGAGAUGAGCGCCGCAACCCCAGAGUCGUCCGUGCCUGGACCUUACAGUCAGGGGUACCUUUACCAGUAUGCUUCUUAUUGUGUUUUUAUCACUGAUGUUCUGUAAUGUGUUUUUAAUGUUGUACACUGCCCUGGGAUCUUCCGAUAAUGGGCGGUGUGUAAAUUGUAUAAAUAAUAAAAAUAACAAACAAACACAGAAAAAGAGUGAGUGAAGUGGUACCUAUAGGACAAAAUAAUGCAUUAAUAAUGGGGUGGGGGGAGAGAGAGAGAGAAUGUCCAUGGUUCUCAGGCAAAACAAUGCUAGCAGUUUCCAGCCCACGCCUGGCUAAGACGACUGAAACAUUUCAAGACCUCUCGUCCGCCUAGGCUGCUCUGCUAUUGUCUGUGCAAGAACUCUGGCUAAGGGAUGGUGGCCCAUACCUAGAGUGGACGCAGGCUGGACAACUUCAGCCUAAAAUCUCAGAUGCUUUGUGAUUUCGAUGAAACGAGACAGUACUUUAGCUGGGAAAUAACAUCCCUUUCAGGACUGCCUUUCGACAAUGAAAAUCUAAAUAUUCAUCAGCCACAUUUAAGUGCUGAUAAGGUGCUUCACAGAAUAGCUCUGUGUUCACUCUGAGCCCGAAUCGGCCUCCUUUAUUCAUGCUAAGUACCUCCUUACCAUGGGAGUUCAACAGGGGCUUUCUUGCAGAGUAAUGUGCUCCUCGUGGACUGCAAGUGUGCUCUCGUCUGCUCUGAUGUGCUUGCUUAAGCCACCCGUACAUUUUAAGAGGAACUUUUAUUCCCCGAGACAGACGGAAUCGCAGCAUUAUCUUUUCACAUUUUCCUUUUCAUUGUCUUAAAGACAAAUCUUGGGCUAGGAUACGCUUUAAUCCCCCUUGACCUGCUUUGCUGUAUGUUAUUUUGGACUAAUGAAAGCCUAUUUUGAAUAUACUUAUCUGGGCGGGUGAACUUUAUGACGAGAGAUCAGAGUAAUCUACACAAAGGGUACAUUAAACUUCUUGCAGAGGCCCUAUUUAAAUCCACCACAGAGAGAAGCUAAAGCUGAAAUUGUAUCAGGUUUCAUGCUGCUCCUUUCCCUACGUAUUACAAUGAUUUCUCAGCAACAGCAUAUGAGUUACUGCAUCUAUGCAGAAAACACAGUAAAGAUGUCAAGCCCUACAUGCUGAGAUUUUAUAAAAUGUUUCUCGUGAUUUCAGCAAGAUGUUCAAAUUAUUGCUCUCUCAGUUUAAGCCCCCACAUUAAGGACUGCUUAGGAUUGUAACGGAGGCUGCAGCCCUAAACAUGGAAGAUGCUGUCUUAGACACCGAGUCAGGUUAACAGUCCAACACAACAUUGUCUUUGCUGAUUGGAAACAGCUCUCCAAAGACUCUAAGAGUCUUUCCCUCCCUGGAGAUGCCAGGGGCCAUUGAACCUGGGGCCAUUUGAAUGCAAAGCAUCUGCUGUGCCACAAACUCUUAGCUUACGCUUACCUGGCAGUAAGUCCCAUUAAAGUCAAUGCAACCUAUUCCUGUGCUGGCAUAUCUAAGACUGAAAGUCUGAAACUGGGUAGACUGCCUAGAUUAGGAAUGGCACAACCUGUGGUCCUACAGAUGUUGGUCUACAACUCCCAGCAUGGACAACUGUCAGGAAUGAUGGAAUUUCUAGUCCAAUAACAUCAGGAGGGCCAUAGGUUUCCCAUAUGAGCCAACCUAGGCUCUUGGGGAAAGAAGAACUGGAUAGAAUUAGUAAGUAAGGGACGCGGGUGGCGCUGUGGGUUAAACCACAGAGCCUAGGACUUGCUGAUCAGAAGGUCGGCGGUUUGAAUCCCGACGGGGUGAGCUCCCAUUGCUCAGUCCCUGCUCCUGCCAACCUAGCAGUUCAAAAGCACGUCAAAGUGCAAGUAGAUAAAUACUAGGUACCGCUCCUGCGGGAAGGUAAACGGUGUUUCCGUGUGCUGCUCUGGUUUGCCAGAAGCGGCUUAGUCAUGCUGGCCACAUGACCCGGAAGCUGUACGCUGGCUCCCUUGGCCAAUAAAGCGAGAUGAGCGCCACAACCCCAGAGUCGGUCACGACUGGACCUAAUGGUCAAGGGUCCCUUUACCUUUACCUUUUUAAAGAGACUUGGAAAUUUAUUUUUGUGUCCCAAGUCAUUCUAAAUUAGAUGGGAGGAAGUAAUCAUGAAAUGCCAAAUUACUAUGAUUUGAUUAUGCUCGCCAGAUAAUGGGGAAAUUUGGAAUCGAAGAAUUGUAGAGUCCAAUCCAAUUCAAAUAACUUUAUUGUACUAACCAUUGGCCAGUAGUGUUGGAAGGGAACCCGAGGAACAUCUAGUCCAACCCCUUGCAAUGCAGAAAUAUGCAGCUGUCCCAUGCAGGGAUCGAACUUGCAAUCUUGAUAUUAUCAGCACCACGGUCUAACCAACUGAGCUAUCCUGGCUGACAGUAAAACUGCAACAAACUACCAGCACAAUCGCACCAUUGACGGUCAUGGAAUUAUUUGGCACAUUUCCGUCAAGUAGUAAUUUGAUAAUCUAGGUGGUUUUGAUUCAGCUACAUGUAACCAUGACAUGUAAUCUCAGUAACUUCAUGAAACAAUCAGCUUGCUUCAGUUACGGAUGCAUAUGACAACACAUGCAUAACUGUGCAGGAAUCCUGGAAGCGAGCAUAGUGCUCAGCUAUUCUUAGAAAAAAGGCCAAUCUGUGGACUAGGAAAUCAUAGACCAAAGCUCUCGACUUGACCUCUGAUUGCCCUGCAGACUCCAAAAACAAAUCUCCCUGCUAUAAGUAGCAGGUAUGAAUCAUAGAUUUUCCAGCAACAUCCUAUUUGUCUCGUUUCCUUGUUUUUCUAGGCCUGUUAAAACAAUCCAUCAGGUAUAAUGAAUGUGUGGAGGAAGAAGGAGUGGGAUCAUGAUGGUGCUGUUUUUGGCCUUCACACAGUCAGACGAAGGUCUGUACAAAGCCUACUCAUGUACACCUUGGGCUGAUUCUCUUUGUUCAAUCAUUUUGUCUCUGAGUUUCCUGCUACUUAGCUCCACUACUUCUUAGGGCCCCAAGUGACUCAAUUUCCCAGACUUUGCUAACUCAGUUUUCUAGUUCUCAGUCUGCCCCAACUUCUCCUAUCCUCGGAGCCUGUGUGAGAUUUUUUUCCUGAUAGAUAAACCGGCCUCCCACAUCCAUUACAGAGCAUUCUAUGUAGUCAGUUGCAUUUUCCGAGGCAUUGAAAUUUCAUGAGUAUUCCAAGACAUCAAAUCAGCUCAACCAAUCGGUGCCAGAGGCUUCAUCAUCUCUGCCAUCUCUACAAAAUCCCUUAGCACAGUAGAAUAAACGUAAAGGGACCCCUGACCAUUAGGUCCAGUCGUGGCCGACUCUGGGGUUGUGGCGCUCGUCUCGCUUUAUUGGCUGAGGGAGCCGGUGUACAGCUUCCGGGUCAUGUGGCCAGCAUGACUAAGCCGCUUCUGGCGAACGAGAGCAGCGCACGGAAACGCCGUUUACCUUCCUGACGGAGCGGUACCUAUUUAUCUACUUGCACUUCAACGUGCUUUCGAACUGCUAGGUUGGCAGGAGCAGGGACCGAGCAACAGGAGCUCACCCCAUCACAGGGAUUCGAACUGCCAACCUUCUGAUCGGCAAGCCCUAGGCUCUGUGGCUUAACCCACAGCGCCACCCGCGUCCCUAGCACAGUAGAAUAGAUGGCUCCAUUUACACAUAUCAACACACAGAUUACAUGUAGCUGGAAUGAUGUGUGGGGUAGGUCAGACCGAAGUCCCUAAGAUGCCUCCCCAAGCCAGCCAUGUUUAUUCUAAUAUACUGGUUGCCAACUGUUAACUUAUUAUUUCAAAAGUAGAAACCUCUUAAAUAGGACCACAACCCAAUUAAUGAAAAUCCAAAAUAAUUAGUCCUGUAAGAUUUACUUGAUAAACAGAUACAUUUAUGUAUAUAUAUUUAUUUAUUUAAGUUAUAAACCAUGUAAUAUCACACAUCAAAGUGGUGAAUAAUAGAAUUGCCGCAUUAGAAGGGACCACAAGGGAUAUCUAGUCUAAGUCCCUGCAAUGCAUGAAUCUUUUGCCCAAUGUGGGGCUCAAACUCACGACCAAGAAAUUAAGAGUCUCCUGCUCUACCGACUGAGCUAUCUUGGCAUGACAGUAUUUAAAAAUAUAUCAGAGAUUCAUUUUUUAAAAAAAUAUACAUUUUUAUACAUUUUAUUUAUUUAUGUAUAAAUCAAAAUUGAAUAAGUGUUUGAAAUGCAAAGAGAAAGAAGGUACUUUAUAUCAUAUGUGGUGGUCUCGCAGUAAGGUUAAAGCUUAACUGGGAAACGAUAUAUAAUGAAUCGGAAAAGAUGUUUAAAAUCACAUGUGUAAAAAACCCCCAGAAGCUUUGCUUCUGGGAAUUACAGGGGUGUUGUUGUUUAGUCGUUUAGUCGUGUUCGACUCUUUGUGACCCCAUGGACCAGAGCAUGCCAGGCACUCCUGUCUUCCACUGCCUCCCGCAAUUUGGUCAAACUCAUGCUGGUAGAUUUGAGAACACUGUCCAACCAUCUCGUCCUCUGUCGUCCCCUUCUCCUUGUGCCCUCCAUCAUUACUGGGGUAGAACUACCUAAACAGUAUAGAAGUUUAUUCAUGUAUGCGAUUACAGCAUCAAGAAUAUUAUUUGCCCCCAAACAGAAACAACAAGAAGUCCCGACGAAAGAAGACUGGAUACAAAAACUCAUGGAUUAUGCAGAAAUGGCAAAACUUACCGGAAAAAUAAGAAAUCAAGACAACAAACUAUAUAUAUGUAUAUAUAUGUAUAUCUAUAGGAAUGGAAAUGGUUUAUUAAAUAUGUACAAAUAAAUUGUAACAGAUAAGGACAUUGCAUUGGGAGGAUUAUUGUAAUAACCUGCAGUUUCAUAAGAAUUAAAAUUUUAAAGUAGAUGAAUAAAAGAAUAAGUUAAUUUAAAUUAGAAUAUGCAGCAAGUGAUAAACAUGAAUUUAAAGAACCGCAGAAAGAGGAGGAAGGAAGUCAAGUUUUGAAAUGUCAAAAUAACUGUAAGACUAUUGAAAUGUAUAUAACUGAAAAUCACAAAAAAUAAAAUAAAAACAAAAAUACACCAGUGGUAGUCUUAAAAUCACAAAGCAUAAUUAAAAACCCUUCAUUGUAGAUAAUAUUGGCUGCAAACGAUAAAACAGCAAGUUCAAUCUGGAUGUGAAUAUUUCUGAAGCCAGAAGUAUACUUUCCAUUUUUGCUUUUGGUUUAUACACAUGCGUACCACAGGAAGCAUCUUCUCAGAAGAGACAUUCUGUCCUGGGUCAGCAACCCUUUUUUCUAUGCCUAUUGUGGAAAUUGUAAAUGUCACAGCUGAUGUGCUAGCUCCUGCACUCAGGAUCAGGUUAUUAGAGAGGCCUAAAAACAUAGCAUUUUUCUCAAAAAGUAUAUAAUUUCAGCCUCUCUUUUAUUGUUGGUGCGUGUUAUAUAUUUAAAACGAAGUUAUGAAAGAGCUGAGUUUUCACGCCCUCUUUGCCAAGUUAAACAACUAAACAGUUGGUUUCAUAAAAGGAUUCAAAGUGACGAGGGAGAGGAAUGCUUCGUUACUGGAGUUUCUUGUAAAUUGAAAUACAUCCUGGUUGUCUGAAAUAAGCAUGAACUGGUAAGAGGCAUUUAUAACAGGAAAGCAAACAAGCAAUUCUAAGGCUUGCUGAGCCAGUAAGAGAGGACUUAGGAGGCAAGGUGUACUGAUAACAUGUCAGGAUAACCUCCACACAAAUACUUAGGGUAGGUGACAAGCUACAGGUCUAAAAUCAGGUACCCUAACUGUCCCGAUUUGAGUGGGACACUCCAGAAUUACAGAGCCCAUCCUGGCUUCUGAUUGGAUCACCAAAUGUCCUGUUUUUGGUCCAGUGCUCCGGUGUGAGUCAGCUGGCUCACGCCAGAGCGCUGGACCAAAAGACGUUGCUUUUUCAGUCUCACUCU